UUUAAACUGAUAUGUAUUUCCGUUUGUACUCGAACUUUUCUCCUGUACUUUACUUGCGCUAGAGGGAAUUUAUUGUUCAAGGUGUCACAGAUGUCUUUCUAAACCAUAACUCCAAAAUUGCUGCAAAAGAGUGAAGCAAUCAUGGCAGAGAUUGAAGAAGAAGAAAAGGAGCAAAACCAAAUGUGAUUCUUCGUUCAUUAUACUAGUGUAUUUGCCUUACUCGAAGCCUUUGUGAUAGCAAAAAGCUUUUGUCUUUCAUGGUAUUAUAGCAUUUGCAUGUACCCAUUUCUGAGCAAAGCUCAUGGACUCCACACAAAGUCACUCUCCUUUUACUCUAACCUCAUAGACCACUGUCUCUCUUUGAAAUCCUCAGAUUUUUCCAAAUUCAUCCAUGCCCACUUGAUAAAAGUCGGUUUCAAUCGCCAUACUUUUCUGGGUAAUCGCUGUAUCGAUAUGUAUUCUAAAGUCGGCACGCUCAGUGAUGCUUUGCAAGCAUUUGAUGACAUUGCCAACAAGAAUAUCAUUUCUUGGAAUAUUUGUCUGCGUGUGUUGGUGAAAUCUUGUAAUCUCGAAGGUGCACGUAAUAUGUUUGAUAAAAUGCCCGAACGAGAUGUUGUAAGUUGGAAUUCAUUGAUUUCGGGUUAUGCUUCGAAUGGGUACUUUGAUAAUGCAUUAGAACUUUUUAAGGGAAUGCAAAAUGAUGGUAUGAGGCCAAAUGAGUUCACGUUCUCGAUUCUAGUGUCAUAUGUGACAAGUGCCUAUCGUGGUAAGCAAAUUCAUGGUAUCAUGAUAAGGAGUGGUGUGAAUUUAUCAAAUGUGGUUGGAAAUUCAUUGAUUGACAUGUAUGGGACACUUGGGGUUGUGGAUUAUGCCUUUGGUGUGUUCCUCACCAUGGAGGAGGUAGAUGUUAUCACUUGGAACUCCUUGAUUUCGGGCUGUUACAAAUCGGGACAUGGCGAAUUUGCACUAAAGCACUUUUGUUUGAUGGUAUCUGUUGGAUAUGCACCUGAUGAGUUUACAAUAUCGACAGUGAUUACUGUCUGUAAUACCUUGCGUGAUCUGGAAAAGGGUAAGCAAAUUUUUGCUUUCUGCAUCAAGGUGGGGUUUCUUUCUAACUCCAUUGUUUCAAGUGCUGCUAUUGACCUGUUUUCCAAAUGCAACAGAUUGGAGGACUCAAUUCAGCUCUUUGAAGAAAUCAAUUUAUGGGAUUCUGUUGUUUGCAAUUCCAUGAUUUCGAGCUAUGCAAGGCAUGGCGGUUUUGGAGAGGAUGCUUUGCGAUUUUUUGUUCUUACAUUGAGAGACAGCCUCAGGCCAACUGAAUUCACUAUCAGUAGUGUUCUGAGCUCUGCUUCUUCCCUCCUCCCUGCAGAGCAGGGGAGUCAACUUCAUUCUUUGGUUGUUAAAUUAGGUAUGGAAUCUGAUGCAGUGGUUGCGAGUUCACUUGUGGAAAUGUAUGCCAAAUUUGGAUUAAUUGACACUUCCAUGAAAAUUUUUGCUCAAAUCAAUCUAAAAGAUUUGAUAACUUGGAACACCAUAAUUUUAGGCUUAGCUCAAAAUGGGAGAGAAGCUGAAACCUUAGAGCUUUUUAAGGCACUACUUAAAAGGGGUCCACCACCAGAUCGAAUAACACUAACUGGGGUUCUUUUGGCUUGCAACUAUGGGGGUCUUGUGGAUGAAGGGUUGCGUGUGUUUUCAUCAAUGGAGAAGGCAUAUGGAGUCAUACCUAGGGAUGAGCAUUAUCUUUGCAUUGUGGAUAUGAUGAGUCGAGCUGGUAAACUCAAAGAAGCCAUGGAUAUUAUAGGGACAAUGCCGCAUCAACCUAGUUCUUUAAUUUGGGAAUCGAUUCUUCGCGGUUGUGGUGCUGAUGGAGAUUUUAAACUCACUGAAAGAGUAGCGGAGUGGUUGAUAGAGUAUGACCCACAGUCAUCUCUACCUUAUCUGGUACUGGCUCGGUCAUAUGAGAUGAGGGGCAGAUGGGAGAGCAUGGUUCGUGUCAAAAACGCCAUGAAAGAGAGCAAUGUUAAGAAAAUGAUUGGAUGCUGUUUGAUUGGGAUAAGAAACCAUGUGUUUGUUUUUAAAGAAAACCAUAUCCUUCACUAUGAAGACAAAAACAUUUAUUUGAUACUUAGAUUACUUAACUGUGAGAUGGGGAUUGAAGGUUCUGUCCAUGAUCAGUAUGAAAAUGUGAGUGCUGAGGGAGAGCAAGACCAAAGUAGAAAAUUACUCGUCUUAUAAAUUGAUAUAUUUAUUGGAUUCUAUUUGACACAGUGCAGCAGUAAACUAUGGAAUCCUGGGAUUAGAUGGGUUAGGGUGUUCAGCUAGAGAUGAGAUUGUGUCUUGUCUUCAAUUCAAUUUGAUAACCAAGAGUAAAUUUCAUUUGAACUCGCAUCACUGGGCUGCAUAAUUUUUAUCUGCAUUUUUAGAAAUCUCAACAUUUGGGGCAAAGAAGUUGGAAGGAGCGAUUGCUAAUUUUAAGAUGGAAAUCUUCAAUCUUGAAAUGGAUUUCAGAUCAGUUUAGGUCAUGAUUUAUCGUCCUUUGCUCAGCAACGACAGAAGUAAGAUGCCAAUUGAAGUGAAGAUGCACACAGUUUUUGGUUAAUGAUCAGUAUCACUGGCCAAACUAAUUUUGUUGUAUUGCUGAGGCAGCGUGUAAAUUACAAAGUAGUUCAAGAAUGGACCUAAGCGUGCUUUUCGCGAAGACAUUAGUCAGACUGAUGGCAUUUUCUUGGUAGUUCACAGGGCAGGUGUGGUUCAAUUUUGGACAAAAGAGUUGGCAUUUCAUGUUGAUAACUUGAUACUUGAUAUAUACGAUUGAGUUGGUUUCUGUGUUCAACGAUUGUUUCACUUUAUAAUGGU